GGGUGAGUGAGUGUGUGCGUGUGUGUGUGUGUGUGUGAGUGAGCCAGCGCGCGCGUGUGUGUGUGUGAGCGUGCACGUUCUGUCAUCCCAUCGCGGUCAGCGCUUGGAGCCGAGCGAGGCCUGAACACGCCACAGAGGGACAAUGAGCGAGCUGGAACAGUUGCGGCAGGAAGCCGAGCAGCUACGCAACCAGAUCCGGGAUGCCAGGAAAGCCUGCAGUGACUCCACUCUGUCACAGAUCACAGCUGGUCUGGACUCGGUGGGCCGGAUACAGAUGCGGACGCGACGCACUCUCAGGGGCCACCUGGCCAAGAUCUAUGCAAUGCACUGGGGGAGUGACUCCAGGUUACUUGUCAGUGCCUCGCAAGACGGAAAGCUGAUCAUCUGGGACAGCUACACAACAAAUAAGAUGCACGCCAUCCCGCUGCGCUCUUCCUGGGUGAUGACAUGCGCCUACGCCCCCUCUGGGAACUACGUGGCCUGCGGAGGUCUGGACAACAUCUGCUCCAUUUACAGCCUGAAGACCCGCGAAGGCAACGUACGCGUCACCAGAGAGCUACCUGGACACACAGGUUAUUUGUCCUGCUGCCGCUUCUUGGAUGACAACCAGAUACUAACCAGCUCUGGAGACACCACCUGUGCAUUGUGGGACAUCGAGACGGGCCAGCAGGCCACCAGCUUCUCCGGCCACACGGGCGACGUGAUGAGUUUGUCUCUAAGUCCGGACUACAAGACCUUCGUGUCGGGAGCCUGCGACGCCACCUCCAAGCUGUGGGACAUCAGGGACGGCAUGUGCAGGCAGUCCUUCACCGGCCACGUGUCCGACAUCAACGCCGUCACCUUCUUCCCCAACGGGAACGCCUUCGGUACGGGCUCCGACGACGCCACCUGCAGGCUGUUCGACCUGCGCGCCGACCAGGAGCUGAUGAUGUACAGCCACGACAACAUCAUCUGCGGCAUCACCUCCGUGGCUUUCUCCAAGAGCGGCCGCCUGCUCCUAGCCGGCUACGACGACUUCAACUGCAACGUCUGGGACACCCUGAAAGGCGAACGCGCAGGCGUCCUGGCGGGCCACGACAACAGAGUGAGCUGCUUAGGAGUGACAGAAGACGGGAUGGCCGUGGCCACCGGCUCCUGGGACAGUUUCCUCCGGAUCUGGAACUAAACACACCUCUUGCCUGUUGUACUCAAUCACUGCCCUCCAUCCAUCCAUCCAUCCAUCCAUCCAUCCAUCCAUCCAUCCUCCUCCUCCUCCUCCUCCUCGUCCCCCCGUCUACAUCCCGACUCAUCUGCCGGCUGGACCUGAGGGCCGCUCACUGUGUCGGCCCAAACCUUCUUAACUCGCCCUCCGGUGACCUGCCCACCUGUGAGAAACUCUUUCUACCUUUUUUUCCACCCAGAAGUAAGAACCUCUCAGUAGAUUAGUCUAAUCAAAAAGAAAAGAGAAAGAAGAAAAAAAAAAAGGUUUUGCCCUCACACCGAUUGUUUUCAGGGCGCUUCUGUUACCGCGACUAACAACCAACAAGAUUAGCAUCAGUGUGUAAUAUGUAAAUGUAUAUAUAAAGACAGUAUAUAUGUAUAGCAUUAUGUGUGUAUAUAUGCAUCAUAUAUGCA